AGCUAGAACGCCCCUUUGGCUCUUAGGGCUGAAAACACUCCCAUUCCUCGUCUCUGAGUGGACCUCAGGAGCGCACAUUCUCACACACACAGAGUGAGGGAGGGAGUUGUCUGGUCAAACCUGUUGCAGCCACAGACUAAUUUCUCCCACCCUGAACCAACACUUCCCACACACACACACAGAGACAGAGAGACAGCGAGAGAGAUAGAGAGAGUGAGGGUCAGAAGAAGUCUCUCCCAGUCGACAAAGCCCUUCCUUGGUUAAGCCUCAGUGAGCCGCCAGUGAGCCACUGGCCCUUAGCAACACGAUCCAGAGGAUCUGCUCUGCUGCUCUACUCUGCGUCUCCACUCCCCCGCCACCCCUGUGGAGAGUUUGAAGACACAGAAGAAAGAAAGAAACUGGGGGAGCGGGGGAGGCAGACGCCUACACAGAGAAGAGAAAAGCUUGAAACAGCUGCAGAGAACCAACGGAGAGGAGGGCAGCAAAUAGAAAUCAGACGAGGGGAGAAAAAAGGGUCAUAAAAAUCAGUGGAAAAGAGGCGGUUGAAGAGACUAUAGUGGAGCGAGGUUCGAGAGCGAGAGCCAAGCUGCAGCCAAGUCACCAAAGCCAGUGGGAAUGGACCUCGACGUCGGUCAGAUUAACCCACUCCUGCCCACCGUGCAUUCCGAGGAGGAAAGCUGAACCAACUGACCUCCACCCCCAAAAACUCAAUGAGGAUGAAGCUAACAACAUGAGCUGAGCUAACAACACGACAAUAUGCUGAGCUAACACGUUCCUGGUUUUCCUUCAGCAGUGUUACUGCCUGGGGUUAGCAUUAGCCGCUAGCUGACUGGCAGUAGAAGAGGAGGAGAGCCGGGGGCCACCGAGCACCGCUGGUGUUGCUGCCCAGGAGAGGCAGGGCAGUGCAGGAGAGGACCAGAGGGACGACGAGAGGGCGGUGGGGGAGGGAGAGGUGGCGGUGGUGGGCGGGCAGCGGCACAUGGCCGUGCAGCGGCUGGUGACGGCAGCGGUGGCGGUGGCCCUGCUGUCCCUGGUCCUCAACAACGUGGCGGCCUUCACCCCCAGCUGGGUGCUGCAGGCCCUGGAGGAUGGACGCAAGCGCAGCGUGGGGCUGUGGAGGAUGUGUCCCGUCAUGACUGGAGGAGAGAGAGGCCGGGAUGAACACGGUGUUGGGGGGUCCAAUAGGAGAGGUCAGGGGUCUCAGAGGCCGUGUGAGGGCCUGGGCUGGGGCUCGGAGUAUGCAGGCUACCAAGAGUCCCGCAGCACCGUCAAAUUGCAGUUUGACAUGAUGCGAGCGUGUAACCUGAUGGCUACGGUGGCACUGACGGCCGGGCAGCUCAUCUUCCUGCUGGGCCUGAUGGAGCUGCCCUUCGUCACCCAGGACUCCCAGUGGUGGGAGGAGGCCAUCGCCGCGCUGUUCCAGUUGGCCAGUUUUGUGCUGGUGAUCGGCUUGGUGACGUUCUACCGGAUUGGCCCGUACACACACCUGUCCUACUCAUGCUACGUGGACAUCGCCGCCUGCUUAUUGGCCACGCUCGCCGCUGCCAUGCUCAUCUGGAACAUCCUGCAUCGCCGCGACGACUGCCUCACACCCCGGGUCAUUGUCAUCAGCCGCUCGCUGGCGUCGAACUUCCACCCACGCCUCGACAAUGACUAUGUGGAGUCGCCCUGCUGAGCCGCCCGAGCCCUGACUCUUG